AUGUGGCAUCAACUAAAUCAACCUUCUAACCCGAUGCUUCGAUUAAAUCAGCCUUCUAACCCGAUGCUUCGAUUAAAUCAACCUUCUAACCCGAUGCUUCAAUUAAAUCUACCUUCUAACCCGAUACUUCAAUUAAAUCUACCUUCUAACCCGAUGCUUCAAUUAAAUCAACCUUCUAACCCGAUGCUUCGAUUAAAUCAACCGACAGUUAAUUUGCAACAGAAUAAUUCAAUACAAUGGUUAGAAGCUGCACUACGUCAGGGAGUUGUCAAAAGGUUCAGUUACCAUCAAUUUACUUUCGUUAAAAAAUUGGGAAGUGGUGGGUUUGGUGAUGUCUACCAAGCAAAGUGGAACAAUCAGACUAUCGCUGUUAAGAUGUUGAAAGAUUUUCAUAAUAACGCGACAUUGUACAAUGCUUAUGAAGAUUUGGUUACAGAGCUGAAGUUUAUGUUGAAGACUAAUAACUGUCAAAAUAUAUUACAUUUUUAUGGAAUAACUAAAAAUCCUUCUUCCAAUGCAUUUUAUCUUGUUCUCGAAUAUGCAGAUUCUGGUAAUUUGCGCAGAUACUUAGAAAAAAACUUUUCAAAAAUGAGAGGAAGAGAUAAACUUCGAAUGGCCCAAGAAAUUGCAAAUGGAAUACGUUCACUACACAAACAUUCUAUAGUUCAUCGUGAUUUGCAUUCAGGAAAUAUUCUUGUUCAUAAAGGCAGUAUCAAAAUAACUGAUUUCGGUAUCGCAAAAAACCUUCAUGAUUCAACAAGAUCG